AUGUCCCACCGCCCCCCACCGCCCCGCGCCGCCCACACCUCACCUUUCAACCCUACCGCGUCCUUCUCCGGGCACAUAGCGCGUCGAAACUCGGACCCCCUCACCGCCGCCCUUCAGCCCCCGCCGAAUGAGACGCCCGAGCAGCGCGACGCUCGCCUCCGCCGCGAGGACGAUGCGAAGAAGCGGAGCGAGGACAUCGACCGUAUGCUCCGCCGCGAAGAUAAACACCGCCGCAAGAAGGCCGUCAAGGUCCUCCUCCUCGGCCAGAGCGAGAGCGGCAAGAGCACGACCCUCAAGCAGUUUCAACUGCUCCACACGCCGACCGCCUUCCACAAGGAACGGAUAGCGUGGCGUUUCGUCAUCUACCUCAACCUCAUCCGUUCCAUCCGCCGCAUUCUCGAGGUCAUCGCGCCCGAAGAGAACGAUGCUGCUGAGGAGGAGGAAGAGUCCAACGAGCGCGCAUCCAUCAUCAUCACCGGUUCUGGCCCGGCUCCCCCUCCGGACCCCCAGCCCAACUACGAAUACUACCGUCAGCGUCUCGCUCCCUUGAUGGACCUCGAGCAGCGCCUCAUGGUCGUCCUCGCCGACUCGGAGGACAACGACGAGCGCGAGGCCACUCACCUUCCCGCCACUACCUCCCUCCCGUCCGCAGCUCGGACGCGCGCAACCACCCCUACGCUUCCUUCGCGUCCAAGAAUCGGCACCUUCACCAGCUUCUCGAGCGCGAGCAGCCCGCACCUCCCGGGGCGCCCGCCUCCGAUCAGCAUCCCUUCGUCGUCCAUUCAGUUAUCAUCGCUGCCGUCCGCGUCGGCGUACACGAGCGGGACCACCUCCCCGCGCUCGCCGACGUCGCCAGGCACGAGCCCAGCCAGCGGGAGCGAGCUCGCGCUGCGCCCGGGCAACCGGUGGAAAGGCCGGCUCGCGCUCGGAAUCUUCUCGAACGCGAAGCACGCCAACUCGGGCGAGCUCGAGGGGUGGUGGGAGGACCCGAACGACCCGGUCCACCUCCUGAACCAGUCGGCGUUGGUGAUGACGGAGCUGUGGCGCGACCCAACGGUGCGCUCGGCGCUCGCGGAGAAGCGCGUCCGGCUCGAGGAGAGCUCCGGGUUCUACCUGGACGAGAUCAAUCGAAUAACGGCCAAGAUGUAUUUCCCCACGGAUGACGACGUGCUGCGCGCGCGGCUGAAGACGACGGGCGUGGUCGAGCACCGGUUCUCGUUGUCCAAGUCCACCGAGUUCCGCGGGGUGGAGUGGGUCAUCUACGACGUCGGUGGGUCGCGCAACCAGCGGCAGGCGUGGGCGCCGUACUUUGACGACGUGAACGCCAUUAUUUUCCUCGCGCCGAUCAGUGUCUUUGACCAGACACUCGCCGAGGAUCCGUCCGUUAACCGACUGCACGACUCGUUCACGCUCUGGAAGUACGUGAUCGAGAACAAGCUGCUCGCGCACGUCAACAUCGUGCUUUUCCUGAACAAGUGCGACCUCUUGAAGAAGAAGCUGCAGAGCGGCGUCAGAUUGAGUCGCCAUAUGCCGAGCUACGAGGACCGCCCGAACGACUACGACAGCGUCUCGCAGUAUUUCCGCAACAGGUUCGGCGCGAUGCACCAGAGCCUCACGCCGAAUAAGUCGAGAGACCUGUACAUCCACUUGACGUCCGUUACGGAUACCCGGAAGACGCACACGAUUAUAUCCAACGUUCGGGACAUUAUUCUGACGACGAACCUCAAGUCGUCUUCGUUGAUGUAG